GAGCUGUUUCCUGCGGCUCACAUGUACACAGCACCAAACAAGAUGAUGGAUUCUUCAAAGAGUAAUGACUCCACAAACAGUGGCAUUCGAGACUCAAAUUCAACAACAAACGACGAGGAUAAAGACGAACUGUGUCCCGGUUUUAAGAACGCGGAUGCUUUUGUUAAAUAUGGAUUGGGUGCCGUAUUAUCUGCCACCAAAGCAUCCGCUGGCUUGCCUCAAGCUGGAGAUGAGUACGAUUUCUACCGGAGCUUUCCGGGAUUCCAGGAGUUCUGUGAAAGUCAGGGGGACAAGCUCUUGCACUGCAUGAGUCAGAUCAUGCAGCACCACGGCUGCAGAUCUCACUUGAGAGACCGGGACAAGCUGACGGGGCUGGAGGAGAGCUUUGACCAGGUUGUGGACUCCAACGACGUCAUCCUCGAAAGAGUGGGGAUUCUUCUUGAUGAAGCUGAUGGGGUGAACAGGACCCAGCAGCCUGUCAUGCCGGCCGGGUUUCAGCCUCCCAAGAUUGUAGUUUCCAGCUGGAAUCGAAUGGGUCCAGGCUCCGGGAGUCGUUCUGAGACGUUCCGACUGCUCCAUGCCAAGAAUGUUGUGAGGCCUCAGCUGAAAUUCAAGGAAAAAGUUGACAACAGCAACACACCAUUUAUUCCCAAGAUCUUUAUCAAGCCCAAUGCAACGAAGCCUCUUCCUUCUUAUUUCACCAACAAACAAAUCCGUAAAGAGAGACCUGAGGACCUUGAUGUCCCAGCUGCACUGGCUGACUUCAUUCACCAGCAGAGAACUCAGGAACAUGUUGAAGACAUGUUUGCACACCCAUACCAAUAUGAACUGGAUCAUUUUACAAUACCAGAAGGCCUUCUGUCCAAGCCAGAAGCCCAGAUGUUCAAGCCAAUGGCUGAGACCAAGUGCUACUUCAUUGACGCUCUGGAGGAUCUGGUGGCUCUGAAUGAGAAGCUUUGCAAAUUGUCUGAAUUUGCAGUGGACCUUGAGCACCACUCUUACAGGAGUUUCCUCGGCCUCACCUGUCUGAUGCAGAUCUCCACCAGAGAGGAGGACUUCAUCAUCGACACCAUUGAGCUCCGCAGCGAGUUGUACAUCCUCAACGAGGCGUUUACUGACCCGGCAAUUGUCAAGGUAUUUCACGGCUCCGACUCUGACAUUGAGUGGCUCCAGAGGGAUUUAGGCUUGUAUGUGGUCAACAUCUUUGACACGCAUCAGGCCAGCCGAGCUCUGAACCUGGCCAGACAUUCCCUCGACCACCUGCUCAAACACUUCUGCAGUGUGGAAUCGGACAAACGCUACCAGCUGGCUGACUGGAGGAUUCGCCCCUUGCCGGAAGAGAUGUUGCAGUAUGCCCGGACAGACACCCACUACCUUCCUUACAUCUACGACUGUAUGAGGGCGCGGCUGUUGGACGUUAACCACGGGCAGCCAGGCCUGCUGCAGAGCGUCUGGAACAAGAGCAAAGACAUUUCUCUGAGGAAAUAUAUAAAGCCUAUAUUCACAGAGGAGUCGUAUUUGGAGCUGCAGAGGAAGCAGAAAAGGUCUUUUAACACCCAGCAGCUCACUGCCUUCAGACUGCUGUUUGCCUGGAGGGACAAGCUGGCCAGGCAGGAAGAUGAAAGCACCGGAUUCACCCUGCCCACUCAUAUGAUGAGCAAGAUAUCUGAGGAGCUGCCCAGGGAGCCUCAGGGCAUUAUUGCCUGCUGUAACCCUGUACCCCCACUGGUGAGGCAGCACGUCAAUGAGCUCCAUUUGCUGGUGCAGCAAGCCAGAGAUAUGCCUCUCCUUAAGGCUGAGAUUGUCGUGCAAAAGACGAAAGGACUCACACCCAUAAGAAAGCCAGAGGUCACAAUGUUUGGUCCUCAUGAUACAUCCAAGGUCUCUGAGAGCGAUCUUCACCACUGUUCUCCUUAUGAAAUGCCUGUCAAACAAGGGAUGCUCUUCUCAGAGGAUGAGGACAAAAUGGAUGUUGGUGUACAGAACACAAGUGGUCUCGUGGCAAAAGCUAAAAUCACACAGUUUGAGGAGCUGGAAACACAGAAUGACCAAGAGUCCCUCCCUGUGGCUCAAAUGAAAGCCAGACGUAUCGUUGAGUCUUUUGAAAACCCUUUCAGAAUGUAUUUACCCUCCGGUGAUGUGCACAUCAGCAAGAAUGCCAAGUUUGACCCAUCUUCAAAAAUAUUUGAGAUUAGUAAAAGAUGGAAACUCCAGAGUAUUGAACAGCAACAGAAGGAGUUGGAGGCCAAGAGGGAGGCCAAGAAGAAAGCCAAAGAAGCAGCACAGGAACACACAAAGAAAGUGAGAGAGGAAAGAAAGGAGGCUAAGCAGAGCUACCAGGAGUCUCUCCAGAACGUUGCCACUGUUCGCCAGCAAGCAGCGGAAUCUGCGGAAGGCGGCGGAAAGAAAAGAGAGAGGGUUGUCAGUGAGAUUGGAGAGUCAACUCCCAAACCGAGUAAGAAGCUGAUGAAAUCUGCAGCGAAAACCGAGGAGAAGGAGCCGCCUCCCCAAGACAGCUUCCAGCCCUUUGACUACAGUCAGUCAGACCUCAAAGUCUUUGCUGGUACCAAACCAAAGGACAACCCACAGUUUGAUCCAAAUCGGCAAGCUCAUGGUUUCAAGAAAAAGAAAACUCCUAAAGGACAAAAAUCCAGUUUUGCAGCUGGAAACCGUAGCAUGUCGUACCUGGCUGGAAGAUCCGCCGGAGGAUUCCGGCAGAACUGGCCCAAAAGAUAAACUCUCGUUCAUGCAAAAAAAAAAUGUCUUAUUUUAAAAUGAGUUUUUCCAUCCUGCAGAAUGUAUUUUUUUUUUUUUUUUUUUUUUUUUUCUUCCUGCAAGUGAAAUUCAGUAUUUCAAUAUUUACUGAAUUUCAAAAUGUGUUUUCUUCCAUCUGUGGAACAGUUUACCCUGUAAAUAUGUGGAAGCACAGACCUCUUUAUAAAGAUGAUUUUAGA